CACUGUCACAGUACCGAACAGUACCGAAAAUCUAUAAGAACCGCACAAACCGAGAUGGUUUCUGGCGGCCGGUAGUGUAUUGUGAGAUUUUGUGACAAAAUAAGAAAGAAGACAUCAAUUUUCAACGGAUCUUUGUGUAGUAAUUAGUGUGGUUUAUCAAAAAUAUGGCGUAUCAAUUGCUGUCGUCGACCAGCAACCUGGAACGGCUAAUUCUGAAGUCUACACAGAAAGGUUAUUUCGACACAUUUCAGCUAAGGCGACACUUAAGUCUACUAAAAAAUAGAACAACAUUUUCAGUACUUGAGCAAUUGCAACAAAAAUGGAGAUUAUUUUGUAAAGAGCCACCUAAAGGAUUUGAAAAAUUCUUCAAACCAGGUGAAACAAAAAAUGCUGAAAAUGCUGCAAAAAAAGCAGAAGAAGCAUCAAGUAAAAAAACUAGUACACAGAAACCUUCUUCAUCUUCAUCUUCAUCUUCAUCUUCAUCUACCUCAUCAUCUAGCUCCAAAGAUUCAGGCUUUCAAUGGACAUUUAAGAUUUUUGGAGACAAGUCACGAGGAGGUAAAUCAUUUGAAGGCGGUGACAAGGACAAAACAUUUAUAAUUUUGGGAGCACUUAGUGUAACUGGUGUGCUUGCAUAUGUACUGUCCCAGGAUUACAAUCAGAGAGAGAUAACAUGGAGAGAAUUCACAUAUAAUUACUUAAGUAAGGGUAUUGUUGAGAAGUUAGAAGUUGUAAAUAAAAAAUGGGUGCGUGUGAGGCUCUUACCUGGAAAUACUGUGGACGGUUCUGAUACAUUAUGGUUUAACAUUGGAAGUACAGAUACUUUUGAAAGAAAUUUAGAAAAUGCACAACUAGAAUUAAAUAUGGGACCUGAAAAUUAUAUUCCUGUAAUUUACAAAAAUGAAAUAGAAAGCAUAAACAUAUUGUCGUAUCUGCCACAAAUUCUCAUGUGGGGUUUCCUAUUUUAUUUACUUCGAAGAUCCGCAGAAGCGAUGACUGGUAAGUCAGGUAAGAGAGGAGGACUCUUUGGUGCGGUAAUGGAAUCGACUGCAAAAUUAAUAAAUUCAAAAGAUAUUGGUGUACGAUUUAAAGAUGUGGCUGGUUGCGAAGAAGCUAAGAUCGAAAUUAUGGAGUUUGUAAACUUCCUGAAGAAUCCACAACAAUAUAUAGAUCUUGGAGCUAAAAUUCCAAAAGGUGCAAUGUUAACAGGACCACCUGGGACUGGUAAAACUUUGUUAGCUAAAGCAACAGCCGGUGAAGCGAACGUACCCUUUAUUACGGUAUCGGGUUCAGAAUUUUUGGAGAUGUUCGUCGGUGUCGGUCCUUCUAGGGUGCGCGAUAUGUUCUCUAUGGCACGAAAACAUGCACCGUGUAUAUUGUUUAUCGAUGAGAUCGACGCGGUAGGACGAAAGAGGGGAGGUCGAAACUUUGGGGGACACUCUGAGCAAGAAAAUACAUUAAAUCAGCUUUUGGUAGAAUUGGAUGGAUUUAAUACAACGACUAAUGUUGUCGUAUUAGCGGCGACUAACAGAAUAGAUAUUUUAGACAAAGCAUUGCUAAGACCUGGAAGAUUCGAUAGACAAAUAUAUGUGCCCGCGCCUGAUAUUAAAGGACGGGCGUCAAUUUUCAAAGUGCAUUUAGCUCCUUUGAAAACAAUGUUAGAUAAAGACCAGUUGGCAAGAAAGAUGGCUUCGUUGACUCCUGGUUUUACAGGAGCUGACAUCGCGAACGUUUGCAACGAAGCGGCUUUAAUAGCGGCAAGAGAUUUGAACGAUAAUAUUCAACUUAAAAAUUUCGAGCAGGCUAUCGAGAGAGUAGUUGCUGGUAUGGAGAAAAAGACGAAUGUGUUGCAACCUGAGGAAAAAAAAACGGUCGCGUACCACGAAGCCGGUCAUGCGAUAGCAGGCUGGUUCUUGGAGUACGCGGAUCCACUUUUGAAGGUGUCCAUUAUUCCACGCGGUAAAGGAUUAGGAUACGCCCAGUAUUUACCUCGUGAACAGUAUCUUUACACGAAGGAACAGUUAUUCGAUCGGAUGUGCAUGACGCUCGGUGGACGAGUGUCGGAAGAAAUCUUCUUCGGUCGCAUAACUACAGGCGCUCAGGACGAUUUGCAAAAAAUUACAGAAAUUGCGUAUGCACAAAUUACACAGUACGGCAUGAAUGAGAAAGUUGGAAAUGUCAGUUUUCAAGUACCGAAACCUGGCGACAUGGCUUUUGACAAACCGUAUUCCGAAUACACCGCUCAACUUAUUGACAAUGAAGUUCGAGACUUAAUCGAUAAAGCACACAAACGAACGCAAGAUCUUCUGAACAAACAUAAAGAAGAUGUAAUCAAGGUUGCCGAGCGAUUGUUAAAGCAAGAGAUUUUAAGUAGGAACGACAUGGUCGAAUUGCUCGGACCUCGACCUUUCCGCGAAAAAUCAACUUACGAAGAAUUUGUCGAAGGCACAGGUUCGUUUGAGGAAGAUACUACAUUACCGGAAGGUUUGAAGGAAUGGAACAAACCGAAGGAAGAAACAAGCGAAGCGCCAGCGCAGCCUUCCAAAGUGGCCUCCGAGAGCAAACAACAACCGUAACAACGACUGUAAUUGUAAUAUUUUAGUGUCUCAAGUGCUUUGUAUAAUAGUUUGAAACAAAAAUAUAUCAUUAAUCUGUUCACGGAUAUCUUAGAUAACAAUAUAUUCGGCUGCAUAAGCGAUCGUAACAUGAACGCGAUGAAACAUGAACUUAUCAUCAAUUUGACGUGAAACUUUAUAUGUAAUUAUUAAAUUUACAUUGCACACAAAUUUCUUCCCACGCUGGAUUUGUCUUUGUUUAUCAUCAAUUAGAAACAGUAUUGUAAAUAAUAGAUAUCAAGCGAUGUCAUUGUAAAUGAUAUCAAAAUUAUGCUUCGAAGCAUAGGGAUUUCGAGAGAUCUCUUGUGUUGUGUAAUAAAUCUACAUCAUAUACUUUGUCAA